AUGAGCAAACCACGCCCCCUCAGCGACGCCCCGCCUCCCGAGCCGAACCACGCCUUUAUCGGCGCCGACCCCGCCCCCGAGGGGUUAAUUACGGCCCCGAAGGGGUUAAUUACCACCCUCCGCCGGCCGCAAUUAGCGCCCGCGACGGUUAAUGAGCUUUUGAAAGGCUUUGGCCCCGCCCAUCGUGGCCCUGGCCCCGCCUCUCCCCUCACGGCUCUGAGGGGGCGGCCCCCCCCCCCUUCCCUCCCCCGUUUCCCGCCUCGCUCCCUCACGCGCCGCCGCCAUCUCCGCCCCCCCCCCGUCCUCUCCCCUCACGUCGCCGCAGCCCCGCCCGGGGGAUCUCCCCCUCCUCGGGCACCCCCGGAGCCCCGGCGGGACCCGCCCGGAGCCGCCCCCGCUGCCCCCUCACCGCUCCGGGCACCGCUGCGCUCCCGCCGCCGCCGCCGCCGCUUCCUCCGGGGGCUGAGCGCAAAAUGGCGCCCGCGCCGCCCUCAGCGCCGCGAGCGGCGCCCGGCCCGCCCCCGCCUCCCGGUUCUCCUCGCUGAUUGGGUAGCUCGGAUCGAGCGCCUUGCAGAGAGCCCGCCCGAGGACGCGCGGCGAGCUGUGCGCAUGCGCUUACUGUCGGGAUUCGCUCAGAAGAUAGGGCGGGGCGAGGAACUCAGCGCGGGCUCUGAUUGGACGAAAGGCGCAGCGAGCGCGCGUCGAUUGGACAGCGGCGCUGUCAGUCAGGCGAAGGAGGCGGAGCCAGUUGCCCAAAAUCUCCGUUUUUCGCCCCAGGACCGGGCGCUGAUCCGGCGGCUGGACCUGAUCUGCCGGGCCGUGCUGACGGCGGGGGAGGGGCCGCCCCUCCCCCCCCCGGAGGAUUUCGGGGGGGUCCCGGGGGGGCUGCCCGAGCCCGCCCCUCCCCCCUUCCCCUCCCCCCCCCCGCGGCCGCCACCCGGACAAGGAGUUCACGGUGCAGAUCAAGGACGAGGAGGGGCUCAAAUUGACCUUCCAGAAACAUCGGCUGGGGGCCCAACGGGGCCCAACGGGCGACGCGCCAACCCCCCGAAGAAAAACAGCAAAGAAACUGGUGGAGCUGGAGCUGCGCUGCCUCGAGGGGCUCCGGGACCCCCCGGGUGGGGGGGACCCCGAGGGUGCUGUAGGGGCCCCUCCCCCCCACCGCGGCGACGGCCCCCGAAUUCGCCGACCCCCCGGCUGCUCCCGUUCGUGGAGCAGCGGCGGGAAAAGUGGCACCGGAAAAAGUUCAUCCCCUCCCCCCCCUCAGGUUUGGACCUUUCCAAGAUGGUGGCGUUGAUGGGGGGCGGAGCCAGCAGCACAGGGGGUGUGGCCUCUCCUUCCUUAGCCCCGCCCCCCACGCUUCCGGCCAGAAGCAGAAGAGAGGAAGCGGAAGCAGGGAGCGGGUGCUGCCCCCCUGCUGGCCGACCCCAUGUUGCCACCCACUUCCGACUCCGAUUAAGCCCCGCCCCUUUUCCUGCCGGGGGCCACGCCCCCCUUCCCAUAUUUAUAUAAAUAUGUAAAAUGUCUCUGUGUCAUAGGGGGGCGGGGGCGGGGGGCGGGGGCUGAGCGGGGCUGGGCCGAGCAGGGGCGGGGGUCAAUGUGGGCAGGGCUGGCGGGAUGGGAGGGGCCUGGCAGGGUUUUUUUUUUUAAUAAAAGGUUUGGAAAUGGA